GGCGGGUCCUGGGCAGCGGUGCAGAGGGAGCGCGGGCGGCUCGUGGCGCUGGUGACGUCGGGCGGGACGCAGGUUCCAGUGUGAUGUUCUACCUGGCAGCAGCCGUGUCAGAUUUCUACAUCCCAGCAUCAGAGAUGCCGGAGCACAAGAUCCAGUCCUCUGAGGGUCCCCUGCAGAUCACGAUGAAGAUGGUGCCAAAAAUGCUGUCUCCUCUAGUCAAAGAAUGGGCUCCUGAAGCAUUUGUUAUUUCCUUUAAGUUAGAAACUGAUCCCUCCAUCUUAAUUGAUAAAUCACGGAAGGCUCUGGAGACAUAUCGUCAUCAGGUGGUGAUAGCAAAUGUCCUUGAUUCACGGAGAACAUCUGUUCUUCUUGUAACCAAAGAUUCGGAAACUAAGUUAUCACUUUCUAAUGAAGAAAUAGCACAAGGCGUGGAAAUAGAGGAGAAGAUAGUGAGCCAUCUUCAGUCUCGACACACUGCAUUUAUAGAUAAACAACACUCUGAAAGGAAAGGACCAGCUUGUUCUAGCUCUGAAUGAUCAGAAACAAAUUGAACUUUGUGAGGGUGUGAGUGGAACUGGAGGAAAUCUCAUUGCAGUAAAUGGAGGAAAACGCUAUCUGAGGCAUUGUGUAUGAGGUAAAAAGUGUGAACAUCCAACAUAGUUUGGCUCAUACAUGACUUCAUAAGUUAUUUGCUGCUUAUGUAAAAAAAACAACAACCCCAAAACACUGAAAUGAAAACAUUCCCCUAAGGAUGAUAUUGUGCGAGUUUGUAGAGAGGAGAGGGAUGUGUUUCCCUAAUCCUCUCCUUGUGUGGGGGUGAGGAAGCAAGGGAUAGAUAUGUGCAUGUUACAGUUUCUGCUUCUUCAAAAUUCCAUGUAGCAGCCCAUUUUGAAGUCCCAGAAGGGUGGGCAGAGGCCAUCAGAACAAAAUUCCUUCCCCUACCCCCUUAAAUGGGGGAGGGGUCACAGAGGCAGGGGACAACAAAUGAUUAAAUAGGAAGGUGGGGGAUUCAAUCAAAGAUGUAAAAUGGGAACCAUAUGGGGACAUUGAGCAGAGAACUCUGGACAGUACCCAUAGCGCCACAAAGGAGGUGAAGAAGUCAGAGAAACUCUUUCUGGAUGUGAGACAGUAUAGGAACAGAAGUAGUCCCUGCAAUUGCAGUGAACCUCCCUGUCAAGCUACUACUUCCUGGUUUGGUAAAUGACCGUUUUGGCCAGUAACAGAAGGAGGUUGAUGAGGAGGUCUUGUGAUUUUAUGGAGCCACAGAUAGGAAGUCCUUAGAGGAGGAGAUGUUGAUGGAAAGUACAGCUAGAACCUCAUCAGAAGGUUCUGGAGGAUGUGGAAGGGAGCUGUUACCUGGCACAGUGGAGGUAGGUGUGUGCCCAGGUCUCCCUCUCUGUAGAAGGGGCAGGCAUCAGGGAUGUCCAUGAACCACGCCUGUGCUCACAGCUGCCAACUAAUAUCCCUGGUGGGCAAAGAAACCAAGGUGGAAUAAAAGCUGGCUAAUGGGUUUGUCACCCUUGCAAAAUGGUAUAAUCUUCUGCCAUGUGGUGCCAGUAUGUAACACAAGGUCAAAGAAAUGCAUGCUGUGGAGCAUGUAGAGAUUGACACCAAUCAGAGCCAGCCCACAGGCAUCAUACCUGCUGCGAGGACACACUCCUUACUUUCAAUUCUGCUUUCAUGUACCGUAUUGCUAUGUUCACAUUGAAACACAUUCCUUAAUUACUGUUCUAACAUACUGUGAGGAGAGGUGGUAACUGCCGUUAGCUGUACCUCUCUGGGCAAUAUGGAAGUUAAUUUAAAUUAUGUUGAAACAGA